GGAGAUAUAUGGAAUCCUGAUGAUAAUUCAACUAAUCAUAACAUAAAUGUAAUGUUGAACCCCUUGGAUGCCACUUCUCAUUGGAAAUUAUCACCACAUGGUUUAGAGAUAAGAAAUGACAAUUUUACAUUCGAAUCAAUUCGUGCUACGACAGGAGUUACUUCCGGAAGAUGGUUCUAUGAAGUUCUAUUGCUCACCAAUGGUAUUAUGCAGAUUGGAUAUGCAACCAAACGCUGCACGUUUGGACCAGAAGAAGGUACAGGUAUUGGCGAUGAUCAUUACGGAUUUGCGUAUGAUGGUUGUAGAAAUGUUUUAUGGGCAAAUGGUGUAUCCAUACCAUAUGGUGGCAAUGUGUCAUGGAAACCAGGAGAUAUUGUGGGUGUAUACAUGGAUAUUAACCUUGGUUGUGUUCGUUUCUAUCUUAAUGGCAAAGAUUUGGGAAUGGUACAUCCCCUCAACAUUGUUCAAUUUCGGAAAUUGGCCGAAAGUGGACUGCAUCCUGCCUUAUCAUUUACCUCAUAUCAACAAGCUGUUGUCAAUUUUGGAGCCGAAAAAUUUCGAUAUCCACCGUCAUCAUUAUCUUAUCAAAAGCUUAAUAAUUAUGGCCAACUAUCAGCAGAACUCCGCGAUUCAAUACAAAAGAGAGUUUGGAGAACUUCACGUUACCGAUCAAUUUCCAUAAGUUCUAGUUUGAAGCAGCAAUUUGAGACGACUGAAGAUGACUUUGAUGCACAAUGUUCUAUUUGCUUUGCAAUGCCUCCUUGCAUUACCCUGAGGCCAUGUAAUCAUGAUGGAUUUUGCGUGGAAUGUGCAAAAAUGAUGAAUUUAUGGAGCCCAAUUUCAUUGAGAAAGCAUAUGAAUAAUAAUGAUAUACCACCCUCCCCUACAAAAUUGUCCUCUUCAUCCACGUCUAUUUCAUCAUCAAUUCCAUCCACAGCGAUCGUUUUACCCCCAACGCCACCUGAUUCCCGUUCAGAUUCUUCAAUCACCUCAUUGGAGCCGGAUAUUUCACGUGGACUAGAGCCAUAA